AUGAAUCUAAACGAAACCAACAGCAACAUUGGACAAGUCAGUGCCGAAAGCAAGGAUAAAAUCAAAGAGAACGCUGAUAGGAGACAACUUGGUCACAAAAAGGUAAAAGAUGCCGGUGAAAAUAAACUUCGGUUGAAGAAGUUUUUGAAAAUGUUGCAGGACAAGAAAAAGAAAAGAUCGGAUAACAAGCUCGGUCUCGAAAAUUACAUGAAUGAAAUGGAUGUCAUCCCAGGUAGAAUUAAGAACCAAGACAAUAUACAGGAAUAUUCUGAAGAAGAACCACAGGAUAAUUUCGUUAAAGAAGGUGCAAUGAAGCAGGCAAGUCAUGAUUCCAACAUGGGAUACCGCGAAGGGAAUGAGGAAGAAAAAGAGACACAAUAUAUGAUUAAUUCAUUGUCACGCUUAUUGGCAAAGCUUGAGGACAAAGGUAUAGACACUGAUUUAGCACAACAGUUAUUUGCAGAUACCGAUGUUGGGAACAGUAAACACGUUCCUGGCUUUGACCCUAAACUGUAUCCACAGAAACUGGAUAUUCCGAAACUACUGAAUGAUUUCGCUCAGACUGGUGUUCUUCCAGAACAUGCUAUCAAUAAGUGGGCCUUUCAUCCUAUAAUCAACCCUAGCCACGUAUGUGGUGAACCUGAGGUAAAAUCAAAACUUCUUUUGCUCUUCAUAGUUAAAACAAAACCAGAUAAUUUCGUUAAAAGAAUAUACAUACGUAAAACGUGGGCUGAUCCAGUAAGAUUUCCGAAUAUUAUAACCGUUUUUUCUGUUGGAGUUCCACAAUCAUCAUACAUCAUGAAACAAUUGGAGAUGGAAUCAAUGAAGUACAAAGACGUUCUCUUGAUGGACUAUAUUGACUCUUACUAUAACCUGACACUCAAGACAAUAGGUAACAUCAAUUGGGCGGCGGCACAUUGCAGCAUGGCCGACUUUGUUGUGUUAAUUGAUGACGAUAUUUAUAUGGCCACAGAUCUCCUGAUACAACACCUACAGGACAUACCAAAGACAGAGUCUGAAAGACUUUAUCUGGGAAACGUAAGGAGUGAAUCAUUGCCAGUUCGGAAAGAAACGGCAAACAUAUACAUGAAGAAAUGGAUAGUAUCUGAAAAGGAGUACUCUUUUAGUACCUUUCCGAACUACGUAUCCGGGGGUUGUAUAAUCAUGUCCAUGAAAACUGUGGUGCAAAUGCGCACACUAAUUCCGUACACGAAAACCUUUGUAAUGGAAGAUGUGUACGUUGGUAUUUUAGCCAGUAAACUUGGGAUCAUUCCAAAACAUACGGACUUGAUAGAUCAAUCCGACACGCGUUUAAAUUCAGUCAAGUUUAAGACUCUUAUUGCCUCCCACUUCUACAUGUUCAAGUCAUCCGACAUGCUGCGAAAGGCGUGGGAAUGCCACUUGUCUUUCGUGAACAAUGAUAUUGAGAAGGCCGUGUUUUGUUCAUUCCUGAAGAAGGAACUUGAGACACUGCGAGACAAGGUAGACAGCAUACUGCAAUGGAUAAAACUGUCAAACAAAGCUGUUUAG